UGGGGCUGCUGUUACUUUUGAGUUUAUUAUACUACUAACAGAAUGAUCUGAGGAAGUUGGACUGACAAAAGGAGAUGGUUUCUAAAUUUUGAUCUCUAUCACUUCAGAGCAAUCGUAGGAUUUUGUUGAUUAUAUUUGCUUCGUCCUUAUCUGCAAGUGAAUGCGGUUGGCAUGACCACAUAGAAAUAUUUGAUUCACUUGGAGAUGAGCGGACAUGAAUAGGCUGUCAUUCAGGCCUCGUCCCCUUGACAUUCAUAAGAAACUUCCAAUUGUUAAAUCUGUCAAGGACUUUGAAGAUGAAGAAACCACAACUUCUACACGUAACUCACAGAUACUACGCCUUGCUGCAGAGGCUGAUAAUGAGGUACAUCAAAUUCCUAAUAAGAAAAGCACUCCUGAAAUACCUACUCCUCAGUUUGUUGUUGUGGAUACAUAUGAAAGAGAUUAUUCCAGGACCUUCACCCAGACAACAUCUUAUUUACGAGGCAGGGGAGUUCGGUCUGAGCUUGGAGAGUUUGUUGAGUAUGAUCUGGACAAUAUGGAUGAGGAUUGGCUUCAAGAUUUCAACAAUGAAAGGAAGAUUCUUUCACCUGAAAAGUUUGAAAGUCUUCUUUUUAAAUUGGAGGUAUUGGAUCAUAAAGCCCGGGAAAGAGCAGGAAUAAUAACACCUACUCUUGGUUCACCCAUCCCUGUUGUUCUACAUUUAGAAGCUGCAUUCGAGGCUUUGCAAUCCCAAUCCAUACGAAGUACAGUUUUUCAAUCUGUUUAUAACUAUUGGAAAGCGAAGCGAGAACGGUGGCAAAAGCCUAUUUUACGCCGCUUGCAGCCCCCUCCACCAGUUAAUGAUACAAAUCCAUACAAUGUAUUUAGACCAAGGGAGAAAGCCCACCGGCUCCACACAAGAAGGAUGCAAAGGAGGGAGAACAAUGUUCAGUCAUUUGAAAAGCUUCGCCAGGUCAGACGCAAUUUGGAUCAAGCCAAAACUGUACUGGAGGCUUUGAUUAAGAGGGAAGAGAAGAAAAGAGAGGUCAUGGAAAGUGAAGUCAGCCUUCAACGAAUACAAAUCAAGUACAAGCAUGAGACUCAGCUGGUUGAAGAUGGCUUGGCCCUGCCAGGCUUCCCACCAAUGUCUUGCAAAUUUGGUUCGAGCGAGGAUGAUUUUGCGGACUCGGAUGACAUGGCUAAUAGCCGCACACGUAUGAGACCAUCUGCAGCACAGAGUACACCUUUCACAGACUCCAAGCUGAUGAUUCUCCCAACAGGGCGUGUGAACCGAGAAUUGAGACGACGACAUCCACCACAUGGAUGGUUCCACAAAAGGGAUCCACUUGAGCCAGUAUUGUUGUUCACAAGACCUUUGUAUCCAGAAAAGUUGGCUGCAGCAAGAAUACUACCUCCACCAAGUCCUCCAACUGAAAAUGGCGAAUCCAUACCACCAUAUCAUCUCCGUGGAAGGAUUGGCCGAGGAGGACGCAUCAUAUUUGAUCGAUGGAAUCCUCUAUUGCAAUCACCACUUGGCUAGAUAACUCUUAAUAUGUGCCACCAGAUCCCAGGCCUCCAUAUGGUUGAAUUAGAUUUGCACAUUUACUUCGACUCUGGUGAAUCCGAACUUGGUGAGUCCCACUGGAACAAGAAGUUGGCAAAGACCAUCAUGUUCCCUCUAUCAGGCAUACUGUGGAAGCAAGGGUUUAAGAUAUUCUAGGCCCGGUUCAGGCAUUCAUUUGCAAGCUGGAAGACCACAACCACGACCUAGCAGGUGGAAAUGGAUGUAUCUUGGCGUGUCUUGUUCAGGCAUCUGGGUAGUUCAAAGAGUCUUCGUUGCUUUUGCAUGUUAUUUAUGGCCUGCCUGACCUGCCUUAGCCCAGUGGCAUGGUUAUUGUACAAUUAUUCUUUUCUUGACUUACCUUUCUGAUUAAAUCAUCGUUGCCU